AUGAUAACCACAGCGACCACAACUUGCAACGGAGCGGCUCUCGAAGCUCUUCCGCACAGUAUUCGCGUUUCUGGAGUACCAUUCAAUCCCAGCUCUCAAUCUCAGAUAUCCUCCUGCUUGUUCUCGUCGUUGCUCAUCAAGAAUAUCGCUUCCUCCACUCUUGGGCCACUUUCAUUGUCGCUUCAGCGCAACGAAACAUUUCCCGCUCCUCGAUUCAUCGCAGGCCACCCAGAUGGGCCGAAUACAACAGAUCCCCCGGGAUGGCUCAUUGAUCCGACCAAACCUCAUUCCAACACUCUCGUCGUUGAACUCGAGGAGAAACUGGGCGCUGGUCGGACAGGCAUUGCGUACUCUGCACGGAUCGUCGAUGGUGGCUCUUCUAUCCCAGGCUCUCCUAGACCCACGCACGUUUGCAUCAAAUUUGCAAAGCCUUAUCAUUGUCGGAGCCUAGCUCGAGAAGCAUGGUUCUACGACCAGCUUCCCGAGGAGCAAAAUUUUCAAGGCAUCAUAACCCCAAGAUACUACGGGUUCUUUACGUCUUCACUUAGCGAUACCAGUACCAUUGUGCCCUGGGAAGAGGGCGAGGUCGACAUGUCUUUGACAGCCCCGGAGGAUUACGACGAAGAAGGGGACCCACACCCCGAUUUUCUACCCGAAGACAGGUUGGAGUCUACAGGGGUCGUGGUCAAUGAUGCCUAUACCUCCUCAAGCUGGUAUGAUUGGUCGGCUGAUCCCAAGAAUCCCCUUGUUUCGGUUCUGGUGCUGGAGAAGCUGGGUGGCGUAUUCAAAUGGGGAAAAGGGAACAGCUCGCAGGCAGCUGUGAGGGAUAUGUCAGACCUCGAAGAGAUAAUGACGGAUCUGACAGCUGCCUACAUCCUACACGCCGAUGUACGGCGUCUCAACUUCCUCAAAGCGCCUGAGGAUUCGUCGAGUAUAUGUCCCCGACAUGGACAUGCCCAUAGGCAUCGGGUUAUUGACUUUGAUCGGUCCUUCAAGACGGAUGAGAAUGUUAUGCAGUGGGACACAUGGUGGCGUGAAAUGAAUGUUGCAACUAUGGGGUAUCCGCAAUUUGGUGUGACUCUGAGUUCUCGGGGUAUUUUUGAUAGGAUUGUAUACAGGAGAGUGGAUUUGUUCUGCUCAACAUGA